AUGCAGAUUCAGAGAAAGUAUGAAGGAAAGCCAGCUUUUGACUUCUCCAGUUUGGAUCCCUUCUCCUCCAUCAACAGCUAUGAGAAGGACCAGGCUGCCACCAUUUUAGGAAGCUCCCUGUUGUGUCUCUUCUGGGGCACAAAGUGCAACAAGUCUGACCGAGAUGGGCUGGCCAGCCUGCCUUUUCGCAGAGUGGAGAGGGCUGGAGACAAAGUUCAGGGCAAUUUUGAGCUGCAGCCCCUGGAAGCUGAAGGUCUGUUUGGGGGGGGGGCAGAGGGAGGGAGGAAGAGUGCCUGUGUCCACAGAGGCAGAGAACCUGGAAUCGACUUCAGCUCCCAGCCAGGUUGUGCCCUGGAAUACCCGGACACGCGUCUCGAAGAGGAGCCUGCUGAGACUGCGGUUCCCCAGGCCCUGGGCCCAGGGCUCCUUGGCCAUGACCCCCAGCAGAAGAGAGCAGCAUGGUCAGGAGCUGUAAAACUACGACAGAAGAACAGGAGGGGUGAACCUGGGAGCCGUCCGCACUCCUGGCAUUCCACCAAAUGUGGAGAGAACCCUUCGGAUGCCAGCAUGAUGCAAGUGUCGCAAGGCAUGGUGGGCCCGCCCUGGCACCAGCCCUACCAUUCCAGCUCCUCCGCAAGUGACCUGUCCAGUCUGGACCAUGGCUAUCCGAGAACCAGCCCUGACCAGUACAGCUCACGGGGCAGUAUGGAAAGCCUGGACCCCGGUGGCUAUCCUCCCCGGCACCUCCUUUCACCUGCCAAGUCCACCAGCAGCAUCGACCAGAUGGCCCACCUGCACAGCAAGAGGGACUCCGCGUACAGCUCCUUCUCCACUAGCUCCAGCGUCCUCGAGUACCCUCCGCCCCCGGGUCUCCCCAGCUGGGAGGGAGCGGACCCCGGAAUCCCCGCCUCCCCCCGGCCCAGCGGGUUGGCGGGGAUGAGGCAGGCCGACAUCCGGUACAUCAAGACGGUCUACGACUCUCGGCAUGGCGUUUCAGCGGAGUACGAGGUCGACUCUUCGGCCGUGCUCCUCCCCGGGGGCGAGUCCCGGGAGCUGGGAGAGAGAGGUCCGAGGGGGGGCGGGCCCCCAGCCCAGAUCCAGCGCUGCCUUGGACCCCCCGAAGCCUUCCCUGACCAGCCUUGUCCCAAGAUGGGGGCCCCCCAGCCGCCGGCUCGACGAGACAGCUACGCUGCCACCCGGCACCACGAGCGGGCCGGUUCCCGGGCAGGCGUGGACCAGAUCAGGCCCCGUCGGAGCCCCGGGCCCUCAGAGCAGCAGGUGCCCCUAGAGCAGCAACCGGACCCUGUGCCACAGAAGGGCCUGGAGAGCGGCCCCCCGGCGAGGGCCGCUCCCGUCUACGCCCGGACCACCCGGCCCGGCCAGCCCCUGCUCCCCACAGGCGUCUAUCCCGUGCCCGCCCCGGAGCCACAUUUUGCCCAGGUGCCGCAGCCUCCCGCCAGCGGCACGGGUACCCUCUACCCGGCCCUGGCCAAGGAGAGUGGCCGCGUUCCCGCUCCUCAUGCGAACCACAGGAUGGCCACCUCAGGGCAGGACGGAGCCAGCCGGCAGUCUGCCCUCUUCCCUCGGGGUCCCGAUCAGCAGCCGGCGCCGGUGGCUCAGAGGAAGCCAGAGGCGGCCUCCAGGUUCGUCUCCUACCAGCCCCAUUUCCUGGUGGGGCCUGAGGCAACCUCGGUGAGGAGAGGGGAGUCGGACGCCAUAGCUGAAGAGGUUGGCGGCACAUUCGCCCAGGGGAAUGGGAGCCCACCCAGUGUAUGGUUGGGCUCCCGCCGCUCUGCCCCUGAGCCUCCCCUGGCUCCGGCCUGGGAGGGAAGAGAGGACCACCAGGGUCCGGGACCUUCGGGGGUUGAGUUCCCGGAGGGCCAGGAAGUCACCCUUCGCUGGAGGCCCGAGAGAGAUGGCCCAGUCCAGACCCCCCGGGCUGGCUGCUUAAGGACCAGGUCAGCCUUCCGGUCCCUGCAAGAUAUUCCGGAAGGCACCAGAGGGGACGGAAGCCCCGAGCCCAGAGAGGGGCAGCCAGUAAACUACCUGUCCGGCAGGCUGGUCACUAUGGUAGGCGACCAAAGGGAAGCUGAGGAGGAGGGCCACCGGCCGGACCCCACUGACCCCCAGCCUCGCUCAGACAGGUCCGGUUUCGGCCUGGGGACUGAGGCCAAACCCAUUAUCCCGGCUCUGACCUUCCUUCGCUCUGAGCGCAGACCUCAGGAACCCACAUCUCCGCCCCUCCCCAAAACAGCCAGCCCAGGCCAGAGCCCCCUGAUACUGGGGGGCCCCUUGUCCCCCCAGCCCUGCCGCUCGGUGCUGGAGAAGGUAAGCCUCAUCGAGCAGCGGGAGUCAGGCAGCCAAAGGUCCCCGAAUGUGGGUAUUCUCCUCGGCCACACCUACAGGCCCAGCGGGCCGGAAACAGGGGGGCCGGACCUGGCGGCGCUCAACAGCCCUGAGAACUCAGUGGGCGAAGCUGGAGUCCCUGGCCCCAAGGAGCCCUCAGUCCAGGCCGGGGAAGUGCGAGCCAACAGGGCCCUCUGGGCACCCCCUGAAUCGACACGCCAGACUCCUCCCCUCUCCCGGAGCCAGAGCACCGUCCAGCUGUCCAGGACAUCCGAGAGGGAAGCCCAGUGGAGGGACGAUGGACCGGACUCCCCCCAGCUGGACGGCACCUUCAACCGGGCUUACCGCAAUAGCAUCAAGAGCGCACAGUCCCGUGUGCUGGGGGCCACCUCCUUCCGCCGCCGGGACCUGGACCUCGGCCUCAACGGCUCAGUCCCGGCCCGGAGCGGGCCCAGACAGAGGCCGACCUCGGCCCACGUGGGGCCGAGCUGCCCAGGGGCACACAUGGCAGCAGCCACGGUGGCCGCGGCCUCCCCUCAUAGGCCCCGGGAGCGUCAUAGCGUCACCCCCGGGGACGGCAGCUCUCCCCGCGAGGGCCCGGGGCCUCCGGCCACCCGCAUUGGCGCCCGUCGCCGGCUGACUGCCGAGCAGAAGAAGCGGUCGUACUCCGAACCCGAGAAGAUGAACGAGGUGGGGGUCGCGGAGGAGGGCGAGCUGUCCCCGAGGAAGGGCCCGGCCCUCAGCUUCCUGGAGAACACCGUGGCCGACAGGCGCAGGAUCUUCGAGAGGGAGGGGAAGGCCUGCUCCACCCUGAGCCUCUCGCGGCCCCAGCUCAAGCAGUUCCAGCAGAGUGUCCUGGCCGACUACGUCCAACGCAAGACUGCCUCGCGACUCUCCUCCGGCUCUUCUGCUUCCUCCUCCUGCUGCUUCUACCGGGAGACAGGGGCCGGGGGACUGCUGCGAGAGCAUUCCCAGAGCUUAGCCCCCCAGCCCUGCCUGGGAGCAGCCUGUUCCGGUGGACUCUCCUCGGCCUCCAGCAUGAAUUCUCUGCAGGAGCAGAGCCCAGGCCCGCGGUGGGCAUCCGAGGCUGGUCGGGUCUCCUCCACCCUGCCCCCAGGCCUUUCCGGGGCCCUGGCUUUGGGCGGCUCCCACCCCAAAGGGGCCCUGCGUGACCGCAGCAGCUCCCUGGCCAGCAUCCAGCUCCCCGGGGACCAACGCUUGGGGUCCCGACCCAGAGGGGAGCAGGGGUGGUGGACGGGCGGGGGGUCCCGCGGCUCUCAGUGGCGGGAGUGGGCCUGGGAGCGGGUGCCUCCCCCACCCCCUUCCAGGAACUCCGGGAAAUCCAUGUCCGCCGAGGACCUUCUGGAACGCCCAGACGGCUACGCUACCCCUGUGCACGUGAGGUCCAAAUCUUCCCCCGUCACAGCCAAGAAGGGGCCGGACUUGCUGCUGGAGGAAAGCAGUGAUUGUGGCCUUCUGGGACAGGACCCUCCCGGCCUGGCCGAACCUGGAGCCAAAGCACUCAGAAGUCCCCGGGAGACACCAUCACAGGUCCACUACUCUGGCCCUCACAGAGCCAGCUUUGGCCUCCAAGGAGCAGGGAACCUCAUCCGCCGACCAGCCACCUUCAAGCCAGCAGGGACGGAGGCCCAGCCCCGAGAUCCAAGACCCCCGCUUCCCCCACCGGCCUCAGAGCUGCGAGCAGGGUGGGCAGAGUCGGCAUGCUGGGCAGAGCUGGUGGGGAGGCAGCCUCCUUCCCCAGAAGGGCUGCCCGUGCCCACCAGGGGCAGCCCCAGAUCCCCCGAAGCUGCGGCCGAAGAGCGCAGGCAGAGUUCGAAGGUCUUACCGCCCGAGAGACCCCCGCCCCCCCGGGUGAGAUGGGCCAGCUUGCUCGGGCCCGGAUCCACAGCUGAGACCCCGAAGGCCCCUGUGCCCUCCUGGGUGGGGCAGGCCCAGGCCAGUAGCCCCGAUUCUGACCCCAGCCACCACCCGUUCGAGAGGGUCUCCCUCCGCAUCUCUGAGUCAGCACUGCGCUCCAGCCCGCCGCCUCCAGAGGAAGCAGCCACCACAGAAGACAACGAUGAUGACGUGUUUGUCAGGGACAUGGGGUCCACCCCAGCUCCGGGCCUCUCGUGGGAUGCCCCGCCUCCUCCUCCUCCUCCUCCCCCACCUGGGGGGCUGUGGGGCGAGGGCCUGGAUGAGCUACCCCUGCCCCCACCCCCAGUCCAGCUUCUGGAGGCCCUGGACAGCUGGGCCCAGGGACCCUCGGUGGGAGCCCCUGUCAGCUCUAACGGAUCAUCCAGGGCCAUGGCUGAAGGAGACAGGCAGACACAGACUCCCGUUUCCUGCAGGGGCAGCCAGACCCCGGCCCCAACUUCAGGCCCCGAAACCUUCCUCCGGCCCUCCGGGGCCCAGAGGGUGAGCUCCACCCCAGUCCUGGGGUCCCGAAGCACUCAGCCUUGCCCAGAGCAGCUCCUUCCAGCCCCCGCCAAGGAGCCCACCGACCUGACCCCAGAGUCGGACCGGGGCCACCUUGACUCCAGGAAGACCCAGGAGGAUGUCCGGUCAGAGGCGCUGGCCAAAGAGAUCAUCUGCCGGGACAAGUCUCUGGCCAAUAUCCUGGACCCAGACUCCAGGAGGAAGACGACCAUGGACUUGAUGGAAGGGAUAUUUCCCAAGAGCCCCAGUGCACUGAGGGGCAGCAACCCCAACACCAAAUGCAAAGAAGUGCAGCAUGGCACCAACCUUCCUGGGCCUGAGCGCCUCAGGAGUGAAGAAAAGGAAGCAGUGGGAGCAUCGACCAGCAGGCUGACAUACAGCGGAGUGUCUGCCCCCAAAGACCGGUCCACAGAGGCGGGGCCCGGGGAGGACCAAGAGCAGCUGGAUAUUAAUGAAAAGAAGGUGGAGCUUAUCAGAAGCCUGACCCUCAAGCUGGAGAGGCUGAAGGAGGAGAAGGAGAGUCUGCUGGCGGACCUCAGGCUCAAUGGCGCGCUGGGAGAGGAGGUGGAGGCUUGGGUGGACGGGCUCUGCAAGCCCAAUGAAAUGGACAAGUACAGGAUGUUUGUCGGGGACCUGGACAAGGUGGUCAGCCUGCUCCUCUCCCUGUCGGGGCGGCUGGCCCGGGUGGAGAAUGCCCUGAGCGGGCUGGGCCCCGAUGCCAGCAACGAAGAGCGGAGCGCUCUGAAGGAGAAGAGGAGGCUGCUGGCAGGCCAGCACCAGGACGCCUGUGAGCUGAAGGAGAACCUGGACCGGCGAGCGGGCAUCGUCCUGGACAUAGUGGCCCAUCACCUCACGGACGAGCAGCUGGGCGACUACCGCCACUUCGUGAGGAUGAAGUCAGCCCUGCUCAUUGAGCAGCGCGCCCUGGAUGACCGGAUCCAGCUGGGGCAGGAGCAGCUCAAGUGUCUGCUGGACAGCCUGCCCCCGGCCGUCCGGGCCACCUUGUCAGACACAGGGCUACCAGCUGUCCGCGGGAGCCCCCCGCAGUGACCUCCUGGAGGAGGGACCCCCCUGCCCCAGCCUGGGCCUCGACUUCAUCCGAGCCCGUUCCGGGCUCCGUGUGUCUCGGAUGGUGGGUCGGUCUGGUUUCUUAAAGAGAGAGCAGACCCCACCUACAGAGACGUCCCCUGAGUCUCUUGCCCAGAGCGGACGCUAUUGUAGGGUGGACCUUGCUGAGGACAGGGAGCGUUGGGGGUCUGUCGAGUGGUUGAUCGAUUCUGGGCCGGUGCCACCUCCACAGCCACCCCGGUGCCCACCAUGCCCCCUGAUCCAGCAGCAUGCCAGCGCUUAGCGGUGAAGCAGGAUUUGGAGAUGAAACCUGAAAACACCCAAAAAUGAAUAAAACCCUUGAAUCGUGUUGCUAUUUAUAUUUUAAACUUUU